AUGUUGUGUUCCGAAAUCACCCCGGUCUUGUGGUGGUAUGGAGCAGUAAUUUUGGACGAUUAAAUAAAGAAAAUAAGCGUUGUUUGUGUCCACUUUUGGUUUGAAAUUUGCGCAGCAAUGGCGCUCCAUGUGCUGUACGAGCACGCGGCAGGGUACGCACUGUUCGGCGUGAAGGAGUUCGAAGAGAUCGGUAUGCUGCUGCCGCAGGUAGAAGCGUCCAUCCUCGACCUGUCCCGUUUCAAUGCGAUCGUAAAGCUGGUCGGUUUCCAUCCGUUCAAAACGGCCGUGGCCGCGCUCAACAAUGUGAACGCCAUCUCGGAGGGUCUGCUGCCCGACGAUUUGUCCGCUUUCCUCGACACAACGCUACCGAAAUCGUCAAAGAAGAAGGCAGCCACACUCGGUGUUGCCGACCCCAAGCUGGGUGCGGCCAUCGCUGAAGCGCUCGGCGUGCAGUGCUCGCAUAUCGGUGCAGUGCCGGAGAUUUUGCGUGGCAUUCGCCACCAUUUCCCGAACUUGGUGAAAGGGUUUUCCGAACAAUCGGCAGCAGUUGCCCAGCUCGGUCUCGGUCAUAGCUAUUCGCGCUGCAAAGUGAAGUUCAAUGUGCACCGUUCGGAUAAUAUGAUCAUUCAGUCGAUCGCGCUGCUCGAUCAGCUCGAUAAGGACAUCAAUACGUUUUCGAUGCGUAUCCGCGAGUGGUACUCGUACCACUUUCCGGAGCUGGUGAAAAUUGUGCCGGAAAACUACAUGUUCGCGAAAGUGGCGCACUUCAUCAAGGACCGUAAAUCGCUCUCUCAGGACAGUCUGGAGGGGCUCGAGGAGAUACUGAUGGACUCGGAGAAGGCUCAAGCCGUUAUUGACGCAUCGAAGAUGUCCAUGGGCAUGGACAUCUCGGUAAUCGAUUUGCUGAACAUUGAAAUGUUCGCCAAGCGUGUCGUUAACCUGUCCGACUACCGGCAGCAGCUGUCCGGCUACCUGCACUCGAAGAUGCACAAUGUCGCCCCGAAUUUGCAGACACUGAUCGGUGAUCAGGUCGGAGCACGCCUCAUCUCGAAGGCAGGCAGUCUCACGAACCUGGCCAAGUACCCCGCUUCGACCGUACAGAUCCUGGGUGCCGAAAAGGCUCUGUUCCGGGCGCUGAAAACCAAGAGCAACACACCAAAGUAUGGACUGUUGUUCAAUUCCACGUUCAUUGGCCGCGCGAACGCAAAGAACAAAGGACGCAUCUCGCGCUUCCUCGCUAACAAGUGCACUAUCGCUUCGCGGAUCGAUUGCUUCGCCGAGAACCCGACCACCGUGUUUGGUGAAGCGCUCAAGCAGCAGGUCGAGGAUCGGCUGAAGUUUUACGAGUCUGGUGAAACGCCUCGCAAGAAUCUGGAGGUGAUGCAGGAAGCCAUUGCGGUCGCUUCUGAGCAGCAGGCCGCAGCAAAGAAGAAAAAGAAGAAGAACAAGCGUAAGAACGAUGAAGCGAACGUUAGUGCGCAGAACGGUUCCACUAACGGUGCAGACGAGUCGGUGCUGAACGGUUCCACUGUCGAUCUGGACCAGACGGCCGACGUUGCGAACGGCGAGCCGAAGAAGAAGAAGAAAAAGAAGAGCAAAGUCACUGAGGCAGAAUCAUAGGCUUUUUUUCCUAGGGUAUAGCUUGUACAGCGUAAGCUGAGGACUAGUUGUGGCAUAAGGCAUUGACAGCAUAAGUUGAUAGUGGCCCUUCUACUCUGCAAACUGAUUUCCAAGUUUCACUUUUGUUUUCAAAUAUUAUCCUUCAACAUAACAUGUAUUCGGGUCAUUCGUGUCUUGUAACGAAUAAAAUUGCCCAUGUA